CACCUUGAAGCCUCAAGGUGCUGUUGGAAAAGAUUAUGAACUCCAUUCACCUUCCGUCUCACCAGAGAACGUCAGCGCCGGGCCUACACCAGCAUCGCCCUAAAGGUGCUCAGGAAGCCUCCGAAAUGGCAGUAUACUGUGACAAUUUCAGCAUGUACCACCAGCAAAAUCUGCACUCCUCUCAGAGGGCACCCAACUACGGGAUAGGAGAUUAUGCGCCCCCCACUAACCCUUACUUGUGGCUUGGGGGUCCUGGGGUGAGCAAUUCUCCCAGCAAUUCCUCCAGUUUUUGCGGGACAGAUCUGAGCUGGCUUUCUGUAGCCUCGCAGGAAGAACUUCUCAAGGUGGUGAGGCCGCCAUAUUCCUACUCGGCUCUCAUCGCCAUGGCCAUACAAAAUGCACCAGAGAAGAAGUUAACGCUGAGUCAGAUUUACCAGUAUGUGGCGGACAAUUUCCCUUUCUACAAAAGAAGUAAAGCAGGCUGGCAGAACUCCAUCCGGCACAAUCUGUCCCUGAACGACUGCUUCAAGAAGGUCCCGAGAGAUGAAGAUGAUCCAGGUAAAGGGAAUUACUGGACUCUGGACCCCAACUGUGAGAAGAUGUUCGAUAAUGGAAACUUCCGCAGAAAGAGAAAGCGCAGGUCAGAUUCAAGCAGUGCAGAAGCCGUAACAGUUAAAGGUGAGGAAGGUCGCCCAGCUCUAGGGGGGAAAGGUGGCGAGAGCCCUUUAAUGCUGACCCCGUCCUCUCCGGAGUUGGAAGCUGCCUCUGAUGGCAGGAAAAGCACCUCUCCCAGUGGGAUCACCUCUAGUCCUUGCUUGAACAAUUUCUUCAGCAGCAUGACCUCCUUGGACACAACUUCUGUCAACAGACAGAUGUCUAUGGGACUUGUAAAUGAACUGUCGCAGAGGAACAUCACUGGCUUAGGCAGUUUCACCUCAGGCUCCGUCGCUGAACCAUCUGUGGACCUACAAGACAACAGCCUGCACCUCAACCGGCCCUCGUAUUACAGCACCCUUUCUAGCACUCACCAAAACAACCAGUUCAACAGUCACUUCUACAACACCUUCAGCGUCAAUAGCCUCAUAUACGCCAGGGAAGGCAGCGAAGUAUAGUUUCAAGGCUUAGCCUUUUGCAGGAAGGAGAAAGACAUUGAUAAUGGUGCCUCUUACUGGAAUGGCUUCGAAGCGAUUGGUAAAAAAGAGUAAUAACAAGGAGCUCCUGGUCUUCCCUCAGUUAGUUAUUGACUAAUGCAGACAGAAAGUGUUUUUGUUGGAGGACAGAUGUUUGGAAUGACUAGUUGUAAAAAUGAGCCUUGGUAAAAUACGUCUAAUAUACGAAUAGGCAAAAGGUGAACGUACAGAAAAAUAGAUUUACAGCACCCACCGCAAACUACACUAUUCUGGAGUCUGUGCCAAUAAAGGCAUUUGAAGACUUGAAGUCCAUGUUGGGUACCGUAGGUCUAUUUUUCUGAUACUGGAUUUGACGGGAAAUGAGCCCCGUGUUUCUCUUUCAUUCAUAUGACUUUGGCAUUGGCCGACUGCUGAAUAACACACUCCUGAAGUAUCAGCGACCGACAAAUGCGCCGUGGUUGCCAAUAGAAAGCGGCCAUCUGUGAUUUUUAUUUUGCUUUUGGUCAACUUGUUUAACAUAUUUGGCUUCCUUCUAGAGACAUUGAUGACAUUUUUAAUAGCCGUUGGGCUUAUUUAAACACUGAACACAUUGGAAUCCUAAGUUGCAUAUUGAAAUAUGAGAAAAAGAAAAAAUAAAUUGCUGUGUUCAGCCGUGAAAAGCUGUGAAUUCAUAUGACGUUAGGUUGGGAAUUAGUAGGGCUGAACUUUAAGGUGCCUGUUUAUUAAAAACUGAGAUCAUGUUUUUUAAGAAAAAAUCAAUGAGAAAAAAGAAACCACCAUUUUUUGAGAUUUUUCCAGUGAAAAAAGUAUUAAAAAUUUUACCGAAAAAAAUUGCCAGCUUAUAUGUCCCGAGCGUCAAGGGGAACUUUCCACAUUCACUUUCGACACUUCUUAAGCUCAGUAAAACUGAAUAGCAUAAGAUUAUUGUUGUUGCCACUGAGUAUUUUUCUUUUUAACAUGAAUUAAGAAGACUUUUUUGUAAAUAUAUUAGCGAUCGAAAAAAAUAUUUCUCUGGGAAAAAAAACGUGAAGUUGAAAAUGAAUAAACCUGCCUGUUUGGGUUCGGCUGAAUCUGAAGGUAUUUGGGCAAAUAUCAGAAAAGGAAUGUACGCCGGCGCCAUCGGACAUCCCCCCAAACACUAUCACAACUCCCUCCUACAGAUCAUAACGCACUGCGCACUACGUAUACGCGGCUGCAACUGACCCCCUUUUCAUACUGUAUGUUGGAUGCAUUUCAUGUUUUGUAAAUUAUGUUUUUAUAAUUGUUUUAUUUAUAACAAACCCCUAUUUUUUCUAUACUUUUUAUAUUGAGUAGAUAUGCUAAACCCAGAAAAAAAUCCUUUUCCAAUAAAUAUUCUUGAAAAAA